AUGGCCAUUGUCAACACCCUCAUCGGCAUUCAAACUAGAACCAUGGCCAAAAUCAUCCUGCCUACACCUCUGCUUCCACAACCGAAUCAACAACCAAGGCCGCUACUGCCGACAUCCACAUCGCAACUACCACUGCCACAACAGUCAGUAUUACCACCACCACCUCCAAAACCAUUGCAAUCACCCAUAUCAACCCAACAACAAUUCCUACCACCGAUGAUGCCACCCCCGCAAACUACCUACAUAAAACUACCAAAAACAAUUUUGGCCAACAAAAAGUACCAAAAACAAUUCCAAACAAACUCAUUGGGCCUCGAGAACAGGGUCCUUUUUAAACGGAGACUAACUGAUACGGAUCUCUGGCCAUACCUAAGGCCGUCUCCAUGGUCAGAUCCUUCCGUCCACGGGUAUGUCCCCAUUGCUACCAGAAAUCGGCCUAAGUCGGCCUUGAGAACAAGGUCAUUUUUGAGGGACGGAGUAUUGAUACGCUCACGUUUACCUAAGUUGACCAAUUCCCAUGCAAUGAAGUCAAGAUACUUCCAAGUUAUUCCUUUUUUAUUUCCUUAUUUCAUGGUUCCAGUAAAAUAG